CCAAACCAGCCAAACGUCAAUCCACCAAAGCAACCAGCGCCCGAGCCCCGCAGAGUGUUGAGGCUGCAAACGAUCAUGGCAAGUGGAACGAAACGCGAUAUGGCCAUCCAGCAUUUGGGCGAAGGUGAAAAAGACCACCCACCAACACACAAAGAGCUGUUCCUGUUCUUCCAGGAAAUGAACGAGUGGGAACGCCUGGACGAGCGACUUGUCGCCCCCAUGCAGGAGAUUCAGGCCGAAUCAGUACGUAUGGCUGAAGACGGUGAGUUGUCCGUGAUAGUCACGCAGAUGCUUCGGCUUGCUGGGUUAUCCAACAGCGUUGCCAACUGCUCACGCCAUACAAUUGGGUGCAUGGUGCGUGCUGUGCACGAGAGACACGUGGACGACGAUGGCAACGAGGAACGAAGGAUCCGUGCAACGCUCAACCAGCUGCAAGACAACCUCGAGGCCAUGCAGUACGAUCUCUACGUAAAAUCGCUGGAGGAUUGUGGGUGCGACGAUUGCACUGCAUGCGUCCAAUUCGACAAGGCCUACAAUGCGUGAGUACAUUAAGUAGGAACUAGAAAUACAUGUCGCGGUGUUAAACACCAUCAUUUUAUUGUUUAAUAUGUUUUCAAAAUCGAAGAAGCCUCCAAAAUCAUCACUUUUGAUUGUUACAAAAUUAUCAAUUUCCCAAAUUUGUAUGUUCAGUAUGUUAUUAUGCAUAACAUGACACGAAACAGUUUAUUUUCUGGAUGCGAUUACCUGCUAAAGCAAUGAAGAAAAUCAUUUUAAUUACUUAGCUUGCUUCGUUUACAUUUCAUUAUAACAGCUGAUGAUGUCGUUUUGUUUGCAAAACAAAGAAACUUAAAUCGUAAAGCGAUUUUUCGUUGCAAUGAGUAGCAGUAAAUGAAACUUUUUGUCUAUUAUUGUCAUUCAAAGUUACUUCAGCAGCAUAGUUUAUUGGAUGCUUGCAAUUAUGUUGAACUUACAAAUUAUGUCAUCAUUUCAAGUCUUAAAAUGUUAAAAUCUCAGAAACAAAAUAGCCUGUGAACAGACGUUACUCUCGAUAAAGCGCGCAAGAGAACGUCUGUAAGUUGGAUUCCUUUUUCCGGUCACGUGGAUUUUCCACAGAUUUGUGAAAAGGCCUCUAUUUGGACAGUGCUUUUUUUUAAUAAUAUAUGACAAAUGAAGAUAUUUCAUUGGUUAAUUGAUACUCAGGGUUCGUUUAAAAUAAAAACACAAAAAUAUAUACUUGAAGGAAAUAUUGAUUCUUGAAGAAAUUUCCCAAGGAAAUCUCUGAAUUUAAGACUUUCGUGUUUUUAUUUUAGACGCAUGCCAAUUAUCAAUUUACAAAUGAAAUGUCUUCAUUUGUCAUAUGUUACUCAAAUAAAGCACUGUACAGUCACAAUCAACAAAUCCGUGGAAAAUCCAUGUGACCAGAACAAGAAAUCUUCAUCCAACUCACAGACGUUCUCUUGCGCGCUUCGUAAAGAGUAGCGUCUGUUCAAAGGCUAAAACAAAAUAGAAUAUUAAAAAAUAGUGAAUGACA